CGGCUCCGGCUCCGGCUCGUCGCCCCACUGAGCGCGGCCAUGGCCCGCCUGCUGCUGCCCGUCCUGCUGGGGCACGUGGCGGCGCUGGGCCCGGCGCUGGCGGGGCCGGCGGCCGCCCGGGUCGAGGUGCUGGCGCUGCGGGAGCCGGAGGAGGCCGAGCCGCGCUCCCCGCCCGCCGGGGCCUACACGCUGCAGGGGGCGCUGCUGGGGGGCCGCCCGGACCCGGACCCGGACCCGGGCCCGCCGCCGCGGGAGGAGGCGGUAGAGGGGAGCCUGAUCCUGAUGGGAGAUGCGGAGCCUGAGCUGGAGGGAGAGGCCAGCUGGAUUGCGGUGGUGCCGCUGGGGGAGGAACAGGCGGAGAUCCCGAGGGGCAGCAAGGAGGAGUCCUUCACUGUAGCCGUGGUCAACAAGAUGAAACGAGCCCUAGUUCUGGGAGCAUCAGCCCUGCUCAUUCUCGCGCUGAAUCAGAACACGAUCCGAGAGCUGGAUGUGUCCCAGGUGCUCUCCAAGCCUGUGAUUGUGAUCCAGACCUCAGACAAUGUCACCCGGCUUCUCGGGGCUCUGCUACGGGGGCUCCGGGUGACAGCCAAGAUCACGUACCAGGCGAUGCUGCUGGAGAACUUGGGAGUGACUCUCACCCUGUGGUCGACCUGCGGCCUGUCCCGGGGUGGGCUGUAUGGAGAGUGGCAAGGAGUUAUCUGCACAGGCGAGAACAGCUCGCGGGUCCAGAAGUACCUUCAGCAGCUGUGGAACACCAUCCUGUUCAUCGCCCUGAUCCUGUGCACGGGUGUGAUUGUGCAGGCCCAGCGGCAGUCCCGGCAGGGCCAGCCAGACCAGGACACUGAGCUGGACCUCAAGCAGCACAUCCUGCAGAGGCUGUCGGCACUGAAGACCCGGCGCUACCACCCUGGCAGACACCCCUGGAACCAGGCCCGUGACAUUGAUAGCUGUGUUGUCUGCUUGGACCAGUUCCACAAGAACCAGUGUUUGCGGGUGCUGCCGUGUUCACAUGAGUUUCACCGGGAUUGCGUGGAUCCGUGGCUGCUCCUGCAACAGACCUGCCCUUUGUGCAAGCACAACAUCCUGGGUAACUGCUGCGGUGAGAGCUAGCUGGCCUAUGGACAUGCUGCGGGGACAGAGCCACCUGCACUCCAGGGGCACCAGGGAAGUGGCUCCAUCAGCACAGCAGGUGGCUGAGCAGGGGGAAGCAGCAGCACUGUGCAUGUGCCCCAGGGCUGGGCAGACCCUCAGGGCUGUAUGCUCAGUCAGCAGUUAUCCCCAGGCAGCAGAGAGCGAGAACCUGAGCACUGGGGUGAAGAAAGGUUCUGCUCCCUUUAGCGUGCACUCAGACAGCCCUGUUUGGCAGGGGUAGAAGGCAUGGUCAGUGUGGCAAUGGAUGUGGCCAAAUUCUGCCCUGUCUUAAAUCCAUGCGAGCCCCCGGAGAUCAGGGAGGGCAGAACUUGGCCUCUGAGUGUGUGUGUAGGGGGUGGGGGUGCAUCUGGGCAGCUGAUCUGUCGAGAUUAGUGUAGUGUCUUUGGAGGAGUGGUGGUUGUGGGGGGCAGGUAAAAUAAGCUAAGGAGGCAUCUGAGACCCCCUCAGGGGAAUAAGGAGGGGAUGCCAGACUUCUCAGGCAAAGUCUUAAAGGGUUAGUGGGGAAGCUCCAGCUAUGAUGGGGGAGGCCAGUCCGUGUGGCUGGCGCAAGCACUUUGCUGUAAGCCGAUUUCUCUGUGCUCCCAGGGGCAGGCUAGUCUUCUCCCGCCCAGUGCUCCUAAGGGACGAUUACUCUCUCCUUUUAUAAAUCUCUAUUUUCUGUACUCCCAUGACUGCUGCUGGAAGCCCCUGGACUGGCUCAGCUCUCGGUUACUCCUUGGCUAUCUCAGUAGGGUGGCCUAGGUGUAACCGAAGGCAGCGCUGAGCCCCUCUCAUCUCUCACAGGGUGGUGACCCACACCUGGAGCAGGGGAGGGGGCCUGGAAGCUGCACUGAUCUGCCAUCUUUCGACAUGCUUCCUUCUCACUGGCCCUUGGGAGAUCACCUUGCUGGAGGGCAGAGGCAGGAAGUGGGGAGGGGUUGAAUGCUUGCUUUAUUUAUACUAACUUAUUAGAGAGAAUGGCAUGAGGUAGCUGCAGGGGUGGAACAAUAUCCGUGGAUGUGUUGUAGUGUCCAGGCCUUUGCUGGGAGCCCUGCCCUGCUGGGUCCCAGCCCCACUCAGCAGCAGAGAUUGCUGGAUUUGAUUCACUGUACAUGUCUGUAAAGCCGCCUGCGCUAUUAAAUCUAGAGCAAGAAGAAA